ACUUUGAAUGCAAGAAAAUAACAUUUAGAACAUCGAAAAUCAUAACAUUAGUGUAGUCAAAGUAUUAUGUCAUAAUAUUUAGUUUUCAAAUGAUGAAUAAUCUUCAUAAAGUUAACCAAGAGCAGAAAAAUCUUUAAAUAAUCAACAAGAACAGGAAAAUUCAAUGUUUUUAAUAUAAAAUCAUGAAGUUGUUGAAAAAUUUUCAGAGUAAGAAAUAGAAAUAAUACAAUUUGCAGAUAAUAGAGAAAUAAUUUUUGGGAAUAAUUAAGCAGAAGGUGAGAAUGAAUUUUAAAAAUAAAAAAAAGAAUAAAUUAUUGUAUAAAAUAUAGUAGUUCCAGAAUAAUAUAAUAAUCUAUAUUAAAAUGAUAGAAAUAUUGCUAUAAUUUAGGAACCAAUUUAGUAAAACUAUGCUUAAGAUCAAUACAUAAAUUAAUAGCCUAUUAUUAUUACUCAUCAAUAAGCAAUGAUUCCAAAUUAAUAAUAAAAUACUCCAAUAUAGCCAACUGAUAAAUAUUAAAGUUAUUAGAAUUAAUAAAUAGAGAAUGAAGAAUAUGAUAAAAAAAAAAAGAAAAAAAUAGAUUAGAAAAAUAGUGAUUAGCAUUAUAAAAAUAAUGUUGUUAUUGUACCAGUAAACUAAAAUGAUGCUGCAGAUAAUGCUAUUGUUAAUUUAGGCUCUAAUUUAUCUGUUUAUUGUUGUCUAGGUCUACUAAAUAGAUCUGAUAAUUGUUGUUAGUGGAUUUGUGAUUUAUUGGUUUUUUGUCUAAGUUUUCCUAUAAUUAUGCUUAAGAAACUAAUAAUUUUGAUUUGGGAUGGAUGUUUGGAAGUAUUAUGUUCAAAAUGGUGUCCAAAUUGUCAUGAAUCAUGUAAAACAUGCUGUGGACUUUCAUUUUUCAAUUGCGGUAAAAUUAAUUGAUAUAUAUUAAGUUAGAUGUUAUAAUAGUUUGAAAAGGAAUUCAAAUACUAUUUGCACAUAAUUAUGUUGUUGUGUAAACUGUACAGUUUUUAGUAAAGAAGUAUUAUAAUGUUGGGAUUCUUGUAGUUAGUUUUGUUUAUAAAUCUGUUCUGCUUUUGGAGGAUGUCUAUUAGUUUGCUGUGAAUUUAUAUUAAAUAAUUUGGGUGAUUGUUUUUAUUAAAUUUGCACUUUUUGUUGUGAUUUUUUAGGGAAUAGUUGUGAAAUAAUAUGCUAAGUAUCUGAAGUUGUAUGUAAUAACUUAGCUGAAAUCUUAGGAUUCUGUUUAUUAUGCUGUAAAUGAUUUUUAUAGGGAAAAUUAGAAGG